AUGGAUGGACUGAUGAGGACGGAGAGACAAAAGUUUUCCUUCUCCAUUGAAAGCAUUCUGAGCAAAUGUCCAAAUAGUUUAGGGGAGAAACUGGCAUGUGGAGCGAGGGUUCUUGGACUCAAAGAGAGGGCGGUGUGUUCGGAUGGAGGCCCGGCUGAGUCGGUGGGUCACGCUUGUCUUUGCUGCUGCUGCUACUGCACCCACUGUGCAGACAUCAUCCACGCCGAUUUCAUUCACGACGCCUGUCCGUACGGUUGGAGUCCAGCGGUGCUUUCAGAGCAGUGCAGGCUGGGGGAGGCUCAAAAGGAGGAGCAGCCGCCUGGUCAGGUGCAGAGGAGAACCAGACGUCACCGCACCAUUUUCACUGAGGAGCAACUGGACGCCCUGGAGGAGCUGUUUCUGCAGAACCAGUAUCCAGAUGUGAACACAAGGGAGAAGCUGGCACAGCGUACUCAUCUCAGAGAAGAGCGGGUGGAGGUUUUCUUUUGA